CGCGCGCCUUUUCAAUAAGGGCGACGCGACUCUUCUUUUGCAUUGAGUGACACAAACUGCGUCAGAGAAUGACCGACUCUAUUUUGUAUUCCUUCACAGGCCUCCUGCGACGACAUCAACGCCGUUCUUACUCCUUCUUCCACGACGACGACGACAUCCUCCGAGCCCGCUCAUUCGCAUGCUUGAGCGCCUGGGAUCAUCGCCUGGAUUCCACAGAAUAUCUUUUCGCUUUACUGUCGUCGCCUGCUUGCCGACCGCAUCGCUCAGAAUGGCGUCUACGUCGACGGCCAAGCAGCCUCCAUGGCGCCUGCCCAAACCGGAGCCAGGCUGCGAAGAGCCCAAGCUCAAGGUCUACAACAGCUUGACACGAUCCAAGGUGGACUUCAUUCCCAUGAAUUCAAAGCACGUCACAUGGUACAAUUGUGGUCCAACGGUGUACGACUCCAGUCAUAUGGGCCAUGCCAGGAACUAUGUGACUCAGGACAUCAUUCGUAGAAUCUUGCGUGAUUAUUUCGGCUACAGUAUUCACUUUGUCAUGAACAUCACCGACAUUGACGACAAGAUCAUCCUACGAGCGCGACAGUCGCACCUCCUAGAUGCCUUCAGGCAAGCUCACAAGACGAAAGGUCUCACCAACGAUCUCGUCGCAGAGGUCCGUCAGGCAUGGUCGGCCUACUUCAAAAAAACGCUCAAGAAGCUCGCGCCAUCUCCACCGGCCGGCGAGCCUGCCGACCCGGAAGAUGAGGCGGCAUGGGAGGAGAUUUCGAGGAGGAGGGUGCAGGACGACAAGUGGCUCAAGGAGGCGAGCGAGAAGGAGCCGAAAUUCUCAAUGUGGUACAAGGCUCUGGACACCUCGCGGCAAGCCAUCAUUGCAGCGACGAUGAGCACCACUGCGGGAGACAAAGGCGGCGAGGCUGCUGCUUCACUCAUCGACGCCUCUGCUGACAUUCUCUCGUCGAAGCUGGAUGCAGAACAGGGCCACACCCUCAGCGACCCAGCCAUCUUUCGGAAGCUGGCUGCUUACUGGGAGGGCGCCUUUUUCGACGACAUGAAGCGUCUCCACGUCGAGCGGCCGACGACUUUGACUCGCGUAAGCGAGUACGUGCCCGAGAUCGUCGACUUUGUCCAGAAGAUUAUCGACAACGGCUACGCAUACGAAGAUGUCGGACCGGGCGAGGGCAAAAAAAAUGUAUGGUUCGAUACCAGGGCAUUUGACGGGGCCAAGCGAAAGAAUGCCUCGUCGGAAGGAGAGGAGGCGGGAGAAAGCCAGGAACAUUCGUAUGCGAAGUUGGCACCCUGGAGCAAGGGAAACAAGGACCUCCUCGAAGAGGGCGAAGGCUCGCUCUCAACCGGUGCUGCCACCGUCGCGGGCAAGCGAGCACCCUCAGACUUUGCCCUUUGGAAGACCUCCAAGCCUGGAGAACCGGCCUGGCCCUCGCCCUGGGGUCCGGGGAGACCGGGGUGGCACAUCGAAUGCUCUGUCAUGGCCAGUGAGGUCCUCGGCACUCGUAUGGACAUCCACUCUGGUGGUGUCGACCUCAUGUUCCCGCACCACGACAAUGAGAUUGCCCAAAGCGAAGCCUACUUCGACAGCGACCAGUGGGUAAAUUACUUCUUCCACACUGGCCACCUGCACAUCGAAGGUCUCAAGAUGUCCAAGUCGCUCAAGAACUUCAUCUCCAUUGAUGAGGCCCUCGAACGCUUCUCGGCGCGGCAGCUCAGGAUGGCAUUCUUGCUGCAGCCCUGGAGUUCCAAGAUGGACUUCAAGGAGUCGGCUAUGGCCGAGGUCCGCAAUGCAGAGAGCUCAUUCAAUAAUUUCUUCUCUGCAGCACGGGCCAAUCUGCGGGAAGCGCGAUCGAGAGGCGAGAAUUUCUCUGACGGCGCACACCAUUACGGCGAUGCCGAGAGGGAGCUCAUGAGCGCGCUGGCUGCAGCCCAGGAACAAUUCCGAAGGGCCAUGUGCGACAGUUUCGACACGCCUGCGGGCAUGCAGGCUCUUCUCGACGUCGUUUCCAAGGCGAAUGUCUACGAGAGGAGUCGGGCGCGCAAGGAAGUCAAUGUCGGCACCGUCGAGGCCGUGGCUCGCUUCGUGGGCGACAUGCUGAGGAUGCUGGGCCUGGGCGAGGGUGCGGUGCGAGAAGGCGACAUUGGCUGGGGCGAAGCAGCAAAGGCAGGCGAGGCAAACGGCAACAUCAACCAAGAGGAGCUGCUCAUGCCCUAUCUUCGUGCCCUCUCGACCUUUAGAGAUCAGGUGCGAGCAUUGGCCAGGUCAAAAGCGCCACAUUUGGAUCUGCUCAAGCUUGCCGAUGGCCUGCGUGACCAAGACAUGGUCGAUCUCGGCGUCGCUCUCGAGGACCAAGAGGAUGGGAAAGCCCUCGUCAAGCUCGUCCCUGCAGAGCAACUUCAAGCAGCCCGUGACGAAAAGGAAAGGGCAGUGGCCGAAAAGGCUGCUCGCAAAGCUGAGGCGGCCGCAAAGGCUGAGAAGGACCGUUUGGAGCGUUUGGAAAAGGGCAAGGUGGCCCCUGCCAGUAUGUUCAAGGCGCCUCAGCCAGGCUCCGAAGAGUUCGGCCAGUGGGACGACCAAGGAAUCCCAACGACCGACAAGGAGGGUAAAGAGAUUAGCAAAAAGAGGAGGAAACUCCUCGAGAAAGAGUACGAAAAGCAGGCAAAGCUUCACCAGGACUAUCUCUCAUCACUGUCAUCCUAGACCACGCAAACAACAGUAGUAGCAGCACCUGUGGCUUUUGAAGAGCUCUGGCGGUCUGUGCCUAUUCCGAUUUGCUCGGACUUCGACGAAAGGCCCGGAUGAUCGGCCAAGCCUCAGAAAACCUUAUCAAUAUAUUGAUUCUUCAUAUGCAUUUCACAUUCCCCGAAUAUCUUGUCUCAACGAGCUUAUUUG